AUGUCUUCACCUACGCAUUCCUCCUUUAACGGAGCUUCGCCUCCUGAUCACAGCCGGAGUUCUCUCUGCGUUCUGCGAUUGAUGAUUCUACUGGUUUUGUUCUUCGUUUUGAUUAUCCUUGUUAUCUCCAUUGCAUGGUCGAUUCUGCAUCCCAUUAAUCCAGUUUUCACUCUCAACUCACUCACCAUAUCAAAUUUCACUCUCUCAAACUCUCGAGUAAACGCCGAUUAUGAUUUCGAACUCUCUGUAGACAACCCCAACGAGAAGCUGACCUUGAUCAUCGAUCGUUUCCAUGUUAUCGUCAAAUAUCAUUAUAAAGAAAUUCUGUCAGAAAGUUGGGAAAAGCAGGUGAAGUUAGAGAAAACUGGUAAUCAAAGUUUAAAAACGCACUUACGUCCCAAACACUCGUCGGGUAACCGAGUGAACAAACACUUGUUCAAACUUUUGAGCACAGAUUUUAGAGGAAGAUCGUUGAAUUUGACAGUAGAAGUAUAUAUUAGAACAAGUUUUGAAUCUGAGAUUUGGCCAACAAAGGAAACACGCAUGAAGGUUUCAUGCAACAACUUAAAAGUUGCAUUUGGUGCCGCAGAAGACUCGGUCACUGGAACAGGGACGCUCAGUGGUAGAGGAGGGCAAUGUAAAGUUGAUUUUUCAAAGGCUGACUAA